ACACACCACACUAAUCACAAUCACCAAUCGUCUUCUCCAAGCCCCAAGACACGCGAGUCAGCACGGAGCCAGCUGGUUCCACUCUCACCGAGCAAGCGAAAAGCUCCUUCUGAAAGUGAAAUGGCGCGGCCACAGCAGCGGUACCGCGGCGUGCGGCAGCGCCACUGGGGCUCCUGGGUCUCCGAGAUCCGCCACCCCCUCCUCAAGACGAGGAUCUGGCUGGGCACCUUCGAGACGGCGGAGGACGCGGCGCGCGCCUACGACGAGGCGGCACGCAUCAUGUGCGGCCCGCGCGUGCGCACCAACUUCCCCGACAAGGACGCCGCCCCGUCGUCGUCGUUCCUCUCCCCGGCGCUGGUCGCCAAGCUCCACCGCUUCAACGUGGCGUGCGGCUCGCAGGCCGGGCAGCAGCAGGACAAGGACGCCUCGACGUCGUCCGUGGGCGUGGACCCGCGCUCGCCGCCGGCGCCGUUCGCCGGGUACACGGGCAAUGCCAGCGCGGCGGCGGCCUCGGCGGCCGCCGGGUGGAGCGGCGGGUUCCUGGAGGAGCAGUACGUGGAGCAGAUGAUCGAGGAGCUGCUGGACUCCAACUUCUCCAUGGAGAUCUCCUACUAGCCGCGCCUCCGCACAUGCUCUGUCCCCGUGCCUUGCGCUUGCUCUGUUUCCGCUCCAUUCACUUCUCUGUCUCUCCGCGUGUGUGUGU